AUGCUGGCCCCGAAGACCUUCCUGAACGAGGAAAUGAUGCUCAGCCCAAGCACAUCGCCGCGUCCGCUCCACAUAAAGCCCAGCAUUCUGCUGCACGGCUCACCCGGGCUGAUGUCGCUCGACACCAGCUGCAUCAAUGAUUUCCACACGUUUCCGUCGACGCCGCCAUUGUCGACGUCCGGGAGCACCAUCAGCAGCCCGCCGUCGAGCUGCGGCCUGCUGCGGACGCCAAUCAACGGCACCGGUUUCUAUCGCUCCGAGAGCAUCGAGGGCGUCAAGGAGGGCUGCGAGGGCGACGUGAACUCGGAAAUCUUGGCCAAUGGCGACUGGACACGGUCGAAUUCUCCACCGCUAACACCUGUUUACAUCCACCCUCCUGCUGUGAAGACCACCACCAUCUCUCUUGCUCCCUCCAGCCACGUUGCUGAAGGCCUUUCGCGCGUUUCAACCAACACAUCCUGUCCUUCUCUCUCACCUUCUCCAUCGCCAGCGCUCCCUGCCUUGCCGCUGAGCGAAGUCAUUUCGACGCCUCUCCUGCCCCCCUCUUGUAGCGGAGACUUCUGCGAUCCUCGCCAACUGACCGUAGAAUCGUCGACGUUCUGCACGUCCGACUUCCCACCCCUCCCUUCUCUUAGCUCCAGUGAAGAAGACAAUGAAAAAUUCCUCCUGAGCGCUGUCAACGCCUCGGAACAUACUAGCACUCACGCUGCCGACAGCUUUACCAGCUCCAUUGGCUCUCAACACGCUUUGUCUGCCUUGCCGCCCUUUGGAGGCCUGUCUGAUCUUGAUUCGGACGACGAGUUCGUGAGCGAGAUUGUCAAUUUCACUGUUUCGGACGAUCCCCUCGUCCAGGGCGAUAAGCGUCGACGCAUUGCACUUUAUGCAUCGGAUGAUGAUGACCUUAUAAGUGAGGAGAGCUUUGAAGAAUUGGACGAAAGCGAACUGCUUGCACAAUCAGAACUAAAUCUCCUCGAGUCCGAAUCGGCAGCCCCAAGCUCCGCUAAGAUGACAGCAAUGAAACCGAAGAAACGCUCCACCCCUCGAAAACUCAUGAAACGCUCAAUGUCAGCGGACACCGAUCCCAACUCGAUGAUCAUGGAGAAUGAGACCGAUAGCCCGGCGGAAAAUGCCGACGGCGAUGCAGCAACCGAGCCUGAACAGUCUGCUGCCAACCAAGAUGCCACUGGACACAAUGGUGUAUCAGCCAACACUCCCACCGCUUCAACGCCUUCUGGUGCGCCUGUCAGCCGCCGUGGCCGCAAACAAUCCCUGACCGAAGACCCAUCCAAAACUUUCGUAUGCUCCCUCUGCUCUCGUCGCUUCCGACGACAAGAGCACCUCAAGCGCCACUACCGCUCGCUCCACACCGAAGAAAAGCCCUUUGGCUGUUCCGAAUGCGGGAAGAAGUUCUCUCGAAGCGACAACCUGGCCCAGCACGCCCGCACGCACGGCAACCCAGGCAUCGUCAUGAACCUUGUGCAGCCACGAGAGUCGCGUCCCGCGCCUCCCCCGCCACCGCCACCCGUCACCGCCUCUGCUGUCGCGCCCCCUGCGGUCUUCGAGGAACAGGACGCCGGCGCUCUCGGCACCAUGCUGUACGAAGCCGCCCGCGUCGCCGCCUACCGCUCCACCACCAGCGAGUCGUCCGACAGCAGCCUCUCGUCGUCGCGAAGCGUCGAGUCGGACCGCAAACGGCCGGCGAAGAAACGCAAGCGAGAGCAGUCCGGGUGA